GUUGUCUUGGUUCAUUAUAUACGCCGUAUUCGUUUCGGCUCUGUCAGUGAUCAGCGUGGUACUUCUUUUCUCUCUCAACGUUUUCCAGCACACGAGCCCCUUGCUCAUUUUCCUUCUCAUCUUGCUCUACUCCUUCUCAAUCAUCAUGUUUAGCUUCAUGCUGACGCCUCUCUUCGACAAGGCUAGAACAGCCGGCAUUUUGGGCAACUUCGUCGUGAACAUGGUGAGCUUACUUUAUUUCAUCCAGGUCUUCGUGAAAGAAUCAAGUUCAAUCACGCUAUGGCUCGUUUCUCUGAUAAGCUCAUCGGGAUUUGCGCUGGCCCUUGACAAGGCGCUGGUCCUCGAUCUUUCCGGCAAAGGUGUGAGCCUAGAAAACCUGUGGUCAGAUGGCAACGGAGGCAUUCCAUUCGGAGGCAGUUUGAUAAUGAUGGCUUUAGAUAUCGUAAUUUACGGUCUCCUCGCUUAUUACUUGGACAGUGUGGUGCCGAGUGAGUACGGAACGAAGCGGUCUAUAUUCUUCUGUCUUUACCCAUCAUUUUGGUGCACAAAGCCAAAAGCGUCCAAAAGACAUAUUGAUGCGGAUUCCAUGACGUACGUCACAACGACGUCAGAGGACUGCGACCCGAGGGACGUGGAGCCCGUCACCCGAGAGAUCGCCGACAGGGAGGCAAUUAAAAUCGUCAAUUUGCACAAAUGUUUCACUUCUUGCAAAAAACAAGACGUCAACGCCGUCAACGGUAUUAACUUAUCAAUUUACGAGGGACAAAUAACGGCAAUUUUGGGCCACAAUGGAGCUGGCAAGACAACACUAAUAAAUAUUAUCACCGGCCUCACGGGUCCUUCCAGUGGGACUGUACAUGUUUUCGGACACGACGUAAGGGACCCCCAUGGAAUGGCGUGCAUUCAUCGCAUGACAGGCGUCUGCCCCCAGCACGACAUCCUCUUCGAUCUUCUCACCCCCCGGGAGCACUUGAGAUUUUUCGCCGCCAUCAGAGGAAUUGCACCUUCCAUGAUUGAAUUUGAAGUAAACAAAACCUUACAAGACGUCAAUCUGAUGGAAAAAGCUGACGUUUUCUCGAAGUAUCUAAGUGGUGGUCAAAAAAGGAAACUAUCAGUUGGAAUUGCUGUCAUUGGAGACCCAAAGAUUAUCAUCCUCGAUGAGCCUACAGCAGGCGUUGAUCCCUACUCAAGAAGGCACAUGUGGUCAUUACUUCAAAGUCGACGUCAAGGCAAGGUCAUUCUACUGACAACUCACUUCAUGGAUGAGGCAGACAUUCUAGCUGACAGGAAAGCAGUGAUAAGCAAAGGUCGAUUGCGGUGCUGCGGCUCCUCGCUGUUUUUAAAGAACAAAUUCGGGAUCGGAUAUCACUUAACGCUUGUCCUGGAUUCCGUGGCGAAAGAGGGUGCGAUCGCCAACAUGGUCUCGUCGCAUGUCUCAAGGGCGGAAAAGGCGCGACGCCACGGGAGAGAGCUCUCCUUCAUCCUCCCGCACAACGCCGUCGACCACUUCGCGUCCCUCUUCCUCGAGAUCGAGGAAGAAAUCAAGGAUAAGAAGCUGAAACUAGGGAUCAGUAGCUAUGGGGUGUCCAUGACGACGCUCGAAGAGGUUUUCUUACAUCUCGAAAAGGACGAAGAAAAUGAUCUACCCAUGGAUAAUCUAUCGAAGAAAAUUGUAAGGAACCGUGCAAUUAGCCGUUCUAUCUCGCUCCAGUCGAAGGCCUCAUACGCAAGUUUACCGAAUAAUAAUUCCGAGUUGGCGACGGAUAUAAACGACCCGACACGAGGUGCGGAGCUGCUGGCCCUCGAUGGUGUGGUACCGGUGUCCCAGAAAAUAUCGGACGCAAUUGGGAUCGGUCUGGAUGACGUGACGCUCCAACAAAAACCGCGUCAAAUCAUCAAGGCCAUGCUCCGAUUGAGGGUUCUCCGCCUGCUGCGGGACCUUCAAAAACUUUAUGUGACCAUUGUCGUGCCUUUAAUCCUCUCGGCCAUCGGACUGUACAUGAACAAAAUUCAUAGCGUCGAGAUUAAGUCGAAAUCCUUGCAUCUAGGCAAAGACACAUACAGAGCGGCCGAAGACCUGAUGCUUUUCAACGGGACGAAUCAUUCAAUAGACGGGUUGCUGAAUCAUCUAGACGCCGGCCACGAGUGGUACGAUGGGAAUUUCUCGUCCCUCCUGGACAUCUCACCACAUGUCGGGGCGAUAAAUUUCGAUAAAUGCUGUCAACUGCACAAUACUUCCCUCACUCUUUUGUACAACGACACAGCUCAACACUCGCUCCCGAGCCUUCUCAACUCUAUCAACAAUGCUGUUUACAAGAUGGUAACCCAUAAAAAUUUAAAUGACAGUAUUGAACCAAUCAACGCACGAUCAUUCCCGUUCCAGGCAACUUCUAAGCCGGAGGGUUUCAAUUCGGGGACAACUAGCAGCGCGAUUUUUUUGGGCAUGAUAUUCGUUCUGAUUCCGAUAAGCCUUGCCACAGACAUGGUCUAUGAUCGAGAGAUAAAAGCCAAGAACCAGCUCCGCGUGAACGGCCUCUCUGUGACCGCCUACUUCGGCACCUACUUCAUCGUCCUCGUGGGUCUCCUCUUCAUAAUCUUCUCAGCCCUCCUCGUCCUGAUCUUCGUCUUCGACCUCCCGUCACUUCGCGAGCCCCCCGCUUUCUGCACCCUCGGCGUCCUGGUCAUCCUCUACUGCCCGGCCUCGAUCCUCUUCUCCGCCUGCGUCUCCUACAUCUUCGACAAGACCGAGUCCGCCCAGUCCAUCCUCCCCAACAUCGCCACCUUCCUGGGCCUCAUCCCCUUCUUCCUGGUCAUCCUCCUGGACAUGUUCCAGCUCGGCGGCCGCCUCGCCCUCAUCCUCCACAUCAUCUUCUCCCUCUUCAACACGAUGUACAUCCCCUACGCCAUCAUCUACUUCGUCGACCGGGUCCACCUCACCUGCCGCGUCAACAGCGCCUGCCUGUACCUCACCGUCGGCAACUACCUCACCACGGAGAUCUUAGUCAUGAUGGUCGGGAUCCUCAUCCACAUCCCCUUCUGGUUCUUCAUCCUCCUGGUCCUGGACGUCAAGAAGUCCGGUGGAAAAGCGAGCGGGCUCUUCAGGAAUCUACUAGGGUCCAAACCUACAACCGCGACGGAAGUCGAGGAGUCGCCACUCCCGGAAGGCGAGCACGAGGACGAAGACGUCAAAGCUGAAAGAGCGAAGGUCGCGCAGUUGCUCAGCACCAAGAUAACGGACCCCCCGGUUGUAGUGGUCCAGAACCUACGAAAGGAAUACUGCACCAAGACGGAUUUUCUAACCUCCUGCAUGGUCGGGAUGUGUACGGGCGUCGACGUCGAACCGGAGAAGAGAGGUCCGACGACGAAAAUCGCCAUCCAGAACGUAUCGAUGGCGGUAGACGCGGGAGAGGUGUUCGGGUUGCUCGGCCACAACGGUGCCGGCAAAACGACGACGAUGAAGAUUGUAACCGCGGAGGAACACCCGACGAGGGGUCGCGUCUUCAUCGGCGGGGAGCAGAUCGAGUCGAACGUCUCCGACGCCUUCCGGUUGCUGGGAUACUGCCCGCAGCACGACGUCCACUGGAAGAACAUCACGAUCCGGGAGCACCUGGAGGUCUACGCGGCGAUCCGCGGGGUCGUCGAAGAGGAGAUCCCCAAGGUCGUCGACGCUUUCCUGACGGGGCUCCAGAUCCACGAGCACGCGAACAAGGAGGCGCAGCACUGCUCCGGUGGCACCCGCCGGAAGCUCAGCUUCGCCAUGGCCAUGAUCGGCAAUCCCUGUGUUGUGCUCCUCGACGAGCCGUCCACUGGGAUGGACCCCAAGUCGAAACGCUUCCUGUGGGACACGAUAAUCGCUAGCUUUAAGGGACGACGAGGGGCGAUCCUCACGACGCAGUCGAUGGAAGAGGCGGACGCGCUCUGCUCCAGGGUCGGAAUUAUGGUUAGAGGAGAACUGCGGUGUAUAGGCUCAACCCAACACUUGAAAAACUUAUACGGAGCGGGUUACAACCUAGAGAUGAAGCUGAAGCACCAGGACGGAACGGUCGAGGCAUCGCAGCAACGGCACGAGGCGCUGAAACAAUUCGUCGACAACUUAUUCUCAGACGCGGUUCUCGACGAAUCGUUCGUCGACCGACUCUUGUUCAGCAUCCCCCAACGGGCGGUGAAAUCCCUAGCGGAAUGCUUCACGCAGUUGGAGAAAGCCAAGACCGAGCUGGACGUCGAGGAGUACAGCUUCAGCCAAACGACGCUGGAACAGGUCUUCCUGAAAUUUGCACAAUACGACCAACAGCCGGAGGAGCAGUGAUCCGCAGAGCCCGGAUCGCCGCCAGAUGGCGCUGAGUCCUGCGGCUGCGGAGUUCUCGGUCGGGUGUUUUCUUGCCCGCGGAAGAGGGAGCCCGUGCGUUUGGAGGGAUUCGACUUCUGUCAGACUUUCCCUCAGCUCGUCUAUUAGGAGGAAGGAGGUCAUUAUUGCCGUGCUAAUGAAAAACGCCGUAUGAAUAUUUGAGAGUUGCCAAAUUCCGUUCCACAAAAUGUCUAUUUUUGCGGAGAGUUAUGCAUACUUUUCUUUCAAUUUUCUCGGUGUUUUAGAUUAUAUUCUGACUUGCUAAGGAAAAAUGCCGUAUGGACCUUUAGGCCCUUGAUUCCCCUUGAUGAAACAUACGAAUCUAUGAAUACUUUCCUUUCGAUUUUUCAGAUAAUUUUCCACACAAUUUCACCUAAAGUUCCUGAAAAUUUCAAGGGAAAUCAUGCAUAA